AAUAUUGAUUUCAUAUUUUUGAAUCAAUCUAUAUUAUGAGCGUUAUAAAAUUUAAGCCGUUGUAAACGUAAACUCUGGUGCACUUCAUAAUCUAGGAAUGGCUCUUAGAUAUUUUCAGGGAACAAUAGUCGCUCAAGAAUGUCGUCUGGACGUCGAAGCGGCCGCAAAGAAGUUACGGAAGGCCAUGAAAGGCCUGGGGACGGACGAGAAAGCAAUCAUAGAAGUACUUGGUUCCCAUAGCAACCACGAGCUUCAGUUGAUCAAGGAAUUCUAUAACCAGCACUUUUUAAGGGUCUUAGGUAAAGAUAUCCAGGAUGAACUGAGUGGACAUUUUGAAAAGUUGUGUCUGUAUUUACUGCUCCCUAGACCACACUUCCAAGCUUACUGUCUCCAUCAGGCUAUGGACGGACUAGGUACAGAUGAAACCACUCUGAUAGAAAUAUUAUGUACAUGUACAAACCAGGAAAUUGCCGAGAUCAAAGACGCGUACAGAGAACGUUUCAAGAAAGAACUUGAAGCUGACCUCGAGGGUGACACGAGCGGUCACUUCCGGUGCGUUCUUGUUGGUAUCGUACAAGGUAAUAGAAGCGAGGAACAGGUUAUUGAUCAAGCGUUGGUGAAUACAGAUGUUGAAGAAUUACUUAAGGCUGGAGUAAAGAAAAUAGGAACGGACGAAUCCGUGUUCAACAGAAUAUUGGUUCGUCGCAGUGUACCUCAUUUGCAGGCGGUGUUUGACGCAUACAAACUCAAAGACAAACAAGACAUCCUUGCAGCUAUACACUCAGAAACUAGCGGACACCUCAGGGAAACCUAUCUCGCAAUUGCUCGUUAUGUGAUAGAUCCAAUAGAUUAUUUUGCCGAAUGUUUCUACAAGUGUAUGAAAGGGGCGGGGACAGAUGACGAGCGUCUGAUGCAGCUGGUAGUUAACCAUGGCGAGAUCGACCUUAGAGACAUUGCCGAGGCAUACCUGAAGAAGUACCACAAGGGUUUGUCCCGAGCUAUACAAGAUGACACCAGCGGUGAUUAUCGUAAACUUCUUGUUAGACUGACCAAUAUUAAUGUGAUACAACAACCCCCUGUGGAACAAUUCUUAAAAAGUUUACCUACAGAUUUACAACCUCCUGUGACACAAGAUACCAUAAAUGAUUCAACAGAUGUCCAAGACACUAAAAAAUGA